GGUCAACAUUGCGAUUGAUUUUGUGGGCUACUGUCGUUCUGGCCUCGAUGCUACAACCUCACAGGAUACUUUUUGUUUUAAGUGGAUUCGUGGCUAUUGUGUGCGUUAUUGACUUUAUUGGUUUAACGUUAAGGCGUCAUAUGGCUUCAACUGAAGCGGCCCUAGCGGCUUUUUAUAGUAUCCUAUGUAUUUAUUACGGCUCAGUUUUACAUUCACAGGAUUGGACAGCGGGGGAGCUACCAAAAAUUUUUUGUAGCAUAAUUCCUGUUUUAGGUGGACUCAUGGCUAUUGGUUUUAGUCUUCAUGGUAUAUUGGCACGAUCAAGAGCUUCAUUAAUUGGAGCAGCUGUUUUUGGUAUCCUGUCUAUUUGUUGCCUCCCAGCUGUACAGUCACGGGAACUUCUUUCCUCAAAAGAAAUAGAAAAGCUGGAGGCGCUCCUAGCAAUGCUCGUAUUUUUCAGUUUCCUUCUGACUCUUUCCGCAUUCAAGGGGUUAAACGUUCUUCCUUCUUGGGUUAAAUGGUUGUCAAAGGAGCUCAGCAUAAUUUUGGUCAAUGAAAUAUGAUUUUUUAGUGAAACUGAUUCGAUUUCGGGAGAAAAUACUUGAACCGGUUUUCUGAUUUGAUUACCGGUUCAACAAAAAUUUAUAACCGGUUAGCCUGAGCCUGUUUUUAAUUAAAAACCUAAUCCCCAAUUCUAUUUCUCAUUCACUUCAUUACGCCGCACUUCAACACACAUGCCACUUCACUUCGUCACUCAGUCUUCCCUCCUAACCAACUCAGACCACUUCACUUCCUUCUUCGUUCUUCAGACCACUUCAGUUCGGUAUGCUUGGGUUAAUGUUAGAAAAAGAAGAAGAGAGAGAAGAAAGCCAAAGCCAAGGCAGUUGAAGAGAGAGAGGAAAGUUACAUUAAGAGAUCUAACCAGCAUGGGUUGAGACGAAAGUGAAAGCAGCUGAAGCUGUAAUAAAAAACUACAGUUUUCUGUGGGACAGUUGGAGCUGAAGCUGAGGUUGUAUUGUUAAUCUGCAACUCUAUUUUUAUUUCUAAUUUUUUUAUGGGACAGUUGGGUUCAUUUCCUUGAAAACAAUGUUUGAAAGCUUUUUUUUUAUAUUGGUAUAGCAAAACUGAGGCAAUAAGUUUCUUUGUUUAGUUGGAAACUUCGUUAAGUCGUCUAAAGCCAUGGAAGUUUUUCCUAACUGAAAAACAAGUUUGGUUCAAAAUUGGUUUUCCCUAUAACCGGUUCAGUUUUGGUUCAGAGAUUUUUCUGAACUGAAAAACCGAUUCGAUUAAAAAAAAGGGGUUUUCGGACUGGUUAAUUGGUUU